CCAGCCCUGCUCCCUCGCGCUCUCGCGCCGGGGGCGGGCUCGCUGCGCGUGCCUGGCGGGGAAGGGCGCGAGCCGGGAGCCUGAGAGCGUUCGCCGCGGGGGCGGCUCCGGGGCCUGAGCGGGCCCGCCGCUGCCUGAGCCGCGGAGUCGCGUCACCAGGAGGCUGCAGCCGCCGGAGACCUUGUCGACGCCCCCAGCUCCUGCCGGGAAAUAAUAAAAUCUCUUGCGUGGGCCCAUGUCUCCUGAGUCAUUCUGGGGCAAGGAGGGUCGUGGCAAGAUAUACUCUCAUUGGUGCCGUGCCUUUGGAUGAGGCUCUCCCAUUGACUUUGCUCUUUCUCCGGGAAUCUGAGCUGCUCUGGGAACCCUCAUUGCUUGAUCUUCUUCCAUGGGCUCACUGUCCAUUUCCUUGGUCGCUCGUCUUCUCGCCCAACACCGGCCUUCAUUUUGGAUGAUUGAGGAAAGUGGGAACAAGCGGAAGACCAUGGCAGAGAAGAGGCAGCUGUUCAUAGAAAUGCGUGCUCAGAAUUUUGAUGUGAUACGACUGUCAACUUACAGAACAGCUUGCAAAUUACGAUUUGUACAAAAACGAUGCAAUUUCCAUCUUGUUGAUAUCUGGAACAUGAUUGAAGCAUUCCGAGACAAUGGCCUUAAUACACUGGACCAUACCACUGAGAUCAGUGUGUCCCGCCUCGAAACGGUCAUCUCGUCCAUCUACUACCAGCUGAACAAGCGCCUUCCUUCUACUCACCAAAUCAAUGUGGAGCAGUCCAUCAGCCUCCUCCUCAACUUUAUGAUUGCUGCAUAUGACAGUGAGGGCCGAGGCAAGUUGACGGUAUUUUCAGUUAAAGCUAUGUUAGCAACCAUGUGUGGUGGAAAAAUGCUGGACAAAUUAAGAUAUGUUUUCUCCCAGAUGUCAGAUUCCAAUGGCUUAAUGAUAUUUAGCAAGUUUGACCAGUUUCUGAAGGAAGUUCUGAAGCUCCCAACAGCUGUCUUUGAAGGGCCAUCUUUUGGUUACACAGAGCAUUCAGUCCGCACCUGUUUUCCACAGCAGAAGAAGAUAAUGCUGAAUAUGUUCUUAGACACCAUGAUGGCCGAUCCCCCUCCCCAGUGCCUUGUCUGGCUACCUCUCAUGCACAGGCUCGCCCAUGUUGAGAAUGUCUUCCACCCCGUCGAGUGCUCCUAUUGCCGGUGUGAGAGUAUGAUGGGCUUCCGGUACCGAUGCCAGCAGUGCCACAACUACCAGCUUUGCCAGAAUUGCUUUUGGCGGGGCCAUGCCAGUGGCCCUCACAGCAACCAACACCAGAUGAAGGAGCAUUCCUCUUGGAAAUCCCCUGCAAAGAAGCUGAGCCAUGCAAUUAGUAAAUCUUUGGGAUGUGUACCCACCAGAGAACCCCCGCAUCCUGUUUUUCCUGAGCAACCAGAGAAACCACUUGACCUUGCAAAUAUAGUUCCUCCUCGCCCGCUGACUAAUAUGAAUGACACUAUGGUGAGCCACAUGUCGUCAGGAGUGCCCACUCCCACCAAGAGGUUACAGUAUAGCCAGGAUAUACCCAGUCAGUUGGCUGAUGAGCAUGCGCUGAUAGCCUCCUAUGUGGCCCGUCUGCAACACUGUGCACGUGUCCUGGACAGUCCUGGCCGGCUGGAUGAGGAACACCGACUUAUUGCUCGCUAUGCUGCCAGGCUGGCUGCAGAGGCAGGAAACAUGAUCCGUCCUCCCACUGACUUGAGCUUUGACUUUGAUGCCAACAAACAACAAAGACAGCUUAUUGCAGAGCUGGAAAACAAAAACAGGCAAAGGAAAGAUGAACUGGAGCAGAGGAUGUCAGCUCUGCAGGAGAGCAGGCGGGAGCUGAUGGUUCAGCUGGAAGGGCUAAUGAAGCUUCUCAAGGAGGAAGAGCAAAAGCAGGCAGCUCAGGCCACAGGAUCACCACAUACAUCGCCCACUCACGGAGGCGGCCGCCCAAUACCCAUGCCUGUCCGCUCAACAUCUGCUGGCUCCACCCCCACCCACUGUCCACAGGACCCCCUGAGUGGAGUCGGCGGAGACAUGCAGGAGGCCUUCGCACAAGGUACGAGGAGAAACCUCCGCAAUGACCUGCUGGUGGCUGCGGACUCCAUCACCAACACCAUGUCAUCCCUGGUGAAGGAGCUGCACUCAGGUUAGCAGAGAAGCCAGGACAGAGAGGCCGUGCAGCCCCAUCAGCAUACCUCCUUGGCCUGGUGUCUGGGUGCUGACCUACCUUGCGCUGUACUGGGCCUGGGCCUCAGGCGUGCCUCAGUGUCCCAAGUCUGCAUGCCACUGGCAGAUGCAUCUGGCUGGGAAGGCUCUGGAAGCAGGUGUCAGAGGUCCACUGAGAGCCACCCACUUCCCGGGGUUGCCUCUCCUUGCCCCUGAUUUCCCUCAACCACUGUCAUUCCUCUCUGGGGGUCCAAACCACCGCUGGUGCACCCCUGGGGUUCCACCACCCAGAGCUGUAACCUGCCACAGUAUCUGACUGCAGAUACACACUUCUCCAUAAAGCCCACCAACUCCAUAAAGCCCACCACGCCUUUUGCAGGAUGCCUGACCAUGCUCUAUCUUCUCACUUCUUAAAUAAAAUUAAUGAAAGUCCAGAUUUCCCCAGAGGCAAAUGUCCAUUGCCUCCAGGAAUUAGCCUUCACAUUUUUCCAUCUCAGGAUCUUAAUGCCUAUACCACCCAGUUCCAAGAUAUUGCAGCUUCUGGGCAUGCUCACCAAAAGGAAGGGACGAAAACAACUGGACAACAAUCUGUUCAGGAGAAGAGUUUUUUCAAGGAUAGAUGCCUUCGAGGCAUCCAUAAGAUUUCUAUCUAUUUUUCAAUUUUUCUCCCCUCCCUUCUCCACUUCUUAUAUUUAAAAGUUAGUCCAUCUUCCUCAGGUACAGACCUUCCAGGCAGAAAAGCUGUGCAGCCCUACGAUCCAGAAAAGGAGCUUUCCCAGAUCCUUCCUGCAGUCUCAUGGUGGGGGCAGGUUCUGGGACCUUGACCCCUCCGCAUCUGCACCAGGCCCUGGAGGGGCUCUCUUCUGCUCACUCCCCAAGACUGCCCUCUCUGAGCCUGUCCAGACUUGGGGAUCGUGCACACUAUGGAUAGGUAGCACCCAAGCUGCAGAAAUUCUCUCACUGCCCGAGAAAUUACAGAGCCUCGAGGGCUUGGCCAGGCUUUUGCCUAAACUCACUGCAUUAUCAGGCGAGGCCUUCCCUGAAAGCAAGUCUAGGCUGCCACAGCCAACAAGGGAGUCAGGAGCUGACUUGCCCUUCGGGAGCCUGCCAGAGCCCCACUCCCCGGGGCACAGGGAGCUGGGCAAUGAGGAAGGGCAGGCCAGAACCACGUGGCCAAGCCCUCUGUGCAGAGGGGAGACUAAGACCCACCACCCAAGAGCUUUGGUGUCAGAACUUGAAUCAGAGCUGGGUCUGCUGGUCCCAGUGCUGCCGGAUGACCCCCAUCAGGAGUUAUGAGUAACUCACCAACACUAGAGUCAAAUGAAAAGCAUAAAAACUCAGCCAGCAUGAGGCAAAGGCCUUCUCUACUCAGUAUUUACAGGCACAGCCCAACCUCUUUGUGCUCCUCCCCAGUCACAAUCCUUCUUCCCAAGAAACCACCAUAUUGCAACCUUUCACCACGAACCCAGCUCUUUCUUUUCCUGGAAAAGUCCUGUCCCUGUGCCCUGAGCACCAACUCCAAAGAUGCUAGGACCCCCCGGAAGUGGGGGAGCACCCCUUUCCCUUAGACAUUGUAAGGUGUGAGUCUUGUGAGCUUGUUCCAUCUCCGGAUGAAAGGACAGCACCCCCGCAGCUGCCUGGUCCCCAGCAGAGGUUAGCAUGUGGCGGGAGACCCUGGGCAGUGCCCUGA